GGUUUAGAUAAGAGUUUAGGGCACAGGUAAUAUAAAUACAGAAAACUCCACAGCCAUACGGUUUUAGGGCUUAAACGAAGAAAAUUGAAGCCGGAGAAGAGGGCUCUUCAUUAGGAAGGAGCUGUACUGUCUUAUCCAAAUCGUCCAACAAACAAAAGGAUGGAUCGUUAUCAGAAGGUUGAGAAGCCUAGAGCAGAGCAACCAAUUGAUGAGAAUGAGAUCCGAAUUACUAGCCAGGGAAGGAUGCGAAGCUAUAUCACCUAUGCAAUGACAUUGCUUCAGGAAAAAGGAUCAUCAGAGAUUGUAUUUAAAGCAAUGGGAAGAGCCAUCAACAAGACUGUUACUAUUGUGGAAUUGAUAAAGAGGCGAAUUGUUGGGCUUCAUCAAAAUACAUCCAUUGGAUCCACAGACAUAACUGACACCUGGGAACCUUUAGAGGAAGGAUUACUUCCUCUCGAGACCACAAGACAUGUUUCAAUGAUCACCAUAACUCUCUCUAAGAAAGAGCUGAAUACAUCAUCUAUCGGAUACCAACCACCAUUGCCAGCUGACCAGGUCAAGGUGGCAACUGAAUUUGAAUAUGAUGGAGAAGGAUCACCAACUGCAAGAGGCAGAGGUCGUGGUGGAAGGGGGAGAGGGCGUUCUAGACCUGCACCAGGAAAUGGUUAUGGGCCAGAUGAGUAUGAUGAUGGGGGUUGGGAUGGUCCCGGUGGGUAUCCUCCCAGGGGUAGGGGAAGGGGAAGGGGACGUGGGUUCCGUGGGCGUGGAAGGGGAAAUUACAAUAAUGCCCCUUACAUGGACACUCAACAGGAAGUAGGAGGGUACAACAACCAAGAGUCUCCAAGGGGUAGGGGUCGUAAUUUCCGUGGGCGUGGAAGGGGUGGCUACAACAAUGGCCCUUACAUGGAAAACAACCAACAAGAUUUUGGUGGGUACAACAAUCAAGAGUCUCCCAGGGGUAGAGGACGUAAUUUCCGUGGUCGUGGAAGGGGUGGUGGUUACAAUAAUAAUAAUAAUGAUAUCAAUAAUAAUAAUAAUAAUGCUUAUAUGGAUAAUCAACAAGAUGUUGGAGGCUACAAUCAAGAAUUUCGAGGGCGUGGUCGUGGGAGGGGGACACGUGGCAGGGGACGUGGGUUCAGGUCAAACAGGCCAAAUCAAGGUGCAGGUGUUGGUGGUGGUGAUUAAAAAAAAGGUGGCUAUGUUUUUUUUUAUCAUGUGUUUGGAUGAUGAUGAUGCCUGGCAUUUCUAUGUUUGGUUUUUGAAUUUUUUUUUAUUAAAAGUUUGGGAUAAUUUGACUUAGGAAAUGAGUUUGUACCAAAAGUGUAGACUAAGUUUUAGUACCUUUUUUUUUUAUUGUUAUUUGAUUUUUUCAAUUUUUAUUGUAAUUUUUGUUCUUGAGUUUUGGCUGUAGGAUUUAUAGUUCAUGUGUUUGAUUUUCUAGUA